CUUUUUCUUCUUCUUUCUUUCCUUCUUUUUUUUUUUCUUGGAGGAAAUACUGCAGCCUUCUGGACUGCGUACGCGGCUCCCUGGAGAGGCUCUCUGGGUUCCACCCACUGGCUGGAAGGAGGGGAAGUGAAUGAGAGGGCAAGGCCAGCCCGAACACACCAUGUCACUCUGGGAACCAGACAGCAGCAACUAAGCCUGCACGGGUUUCUUUUUCUUUUCUUUAUUUUUUCUUUUUCUUUUUUCUUUUUUUCCCUCCAGUUUUUUUCCUUUCCUUUUCUUUCAUUGUUUCUUUUUCCUUUUAUUACAAUUUCUUUUUUCCAAGGUGGGAAAGAGACACGCGAGAGACCGAAAGCUGUACUGCAAGGAUUCCGAGUUGUGCUGAAGGAUUUUUUUUUCUUUUUUUCUUUUCCCUCCUCCUUCGCCUUUACAAGCGCCUGCGAUUGACACCACUAGAGACAGGCUGGUUAGAGACAGGCUGCUUCAUCCGGACUGGACCGGGCAGCCGGGAAGAAGAAAGCAAGCAGGCAAGAACUGGGGAAGCUCUCCUGGGGGUUUCUCUAGGUGGACCUCAACCCCCAUCUGUUUUUUUGUUUUUUCUUUUUCUCUUUUCUUUUGGUUCUUUGUUUUGCUUUGGUUUGGUUUUUUUUUGGUUGUUUUAAAUUCCUUACGGUGUUGGAACUAGUGAGUGGAGUCUUGGAAGCCUCAUCAGUCACCCAGACUGCCGGGAACAGUGGAUUAAGAGGAAGAAGCUCGCCCCGGGCAUCAUACACCCUGUUAUUCAGUUUCCUGCCUCGGAGAUAAAGAUCCCAGCUACAUGGGCAAACGCCUGGAUCAGCCACAAAUGUACCCCCAGUACACGUACUACUGUCCCCAGUACCUCCAAACCAAGCAGUCCUAUGCACCAGCCCCCCACCCCAUGGCUCCUCCCAGCCCCAGCACAAACAGCAGCAGCAACAGCAGUGGAGAACAGUUGAGUAAAACGAACCUGUACAUUCGAGGCCUUCCACCGGGCACCACUGACCAGGACCUCAUCAAGCUAUGUCAACCGUAUGGAAAAAUUGUAUCCACGAAGGCAAUUCUUGACAAGAAUACGAAUCAAUGCAAAGGUUAUGGUUUUGUAGAUUUUGAUAGUCCUGCAGCCGCACAGAAAGCAGUGGCAUCCUUGAAGGCAAACGGUGUGCAAGCACAGAUGGCCAAGCAACAAGAACAAGACCCUACAAAUCUAUACAUCUCAAAUCUCCCCAUCUCUAUGGAUGAACAGGAGCUGGAGAACAUGCUAAAGCCCUUUGGACAUGUGAUAUCCACCAGAAUCCUGAGAGAUGCUAACGGAGUCAGCAGGGGCGUUGGCUUUGCCAGAAUGGAGUCUACAGAAAAAUGUGAAGUGGUAAUUCAACAUUUUAAUGGAAAAUAUCUGAAAACACCACCAGGCAUCCCAGCCCCCAGUGAGCCCUUACUGUGCAAAUUCGCUGAUGGAGGGCAGAAGAAGAGACAGAAUCAGAGCAAGUACACCCAGAAUGGGAGGCCAUGGCCCCGAGAAGGAGAGGCUGGUAUGGCUCUGACCUAUGAUCCCACAGCCGCCCUACAGAAUGGAUUUUAUUCUUCACCGUACAGUCUCGCAACCAACCGCAUGAUCCCACAGACAUCUAUCACGCCAUUCAUUGCCGCCUCCCCUGUCUCCACAUACCAGGUCCAGAGUACUUCAUGGACGCCUCAUCUGCCAUACAUUAUGCAACCAACAGGUGCUGUGAUCACACCCACCAUGGACCACCCCAUGUCAAUGCAGCCAACAAACAUCGUGGGCCCCCUAACGCAGCAGAUGAACCAUCUUUCGCUGGGGACAGCAGGAACGAUUCAAUCCCAAGACAGAAUUAUGGUACUUCACCAGCUGUUGUGUCAGUAUAUGACUGCUGCUCCUAUGCAAGGGACCUACAUUCCCCAGUACACGCCUGUGCCUCCGACAGCUGUUUCUAUUGAAGGUGUUGUUGCUGAUACCUCUCCCCAGACGGUGGCCCCUUCAUCCCAGGACAGCAGUGGUCAGCAGCAACAGUUAGCAGUGGACACACCCAAUGAACACGCACCUGCAUACUCUUUCCAACAAUCCAAACCAUAGACAGGAGUGAGGCUGUCCAUCUGAACCCUUACCUUCAAUGAAGAAACUUCACUGAGCAAGAAGUUGGUUGGCCUCCAGUUUGCACAGGCGCCAAGGGAAAGCUUUCUUCUUCUUUUAUUUUUAUUUUUUUUAAUUUUAUACUUUACUCAAAGACAACAAAGUUUUUAUGUGCUGUGCAAAUGGUUCCUUCGUGUGGUCUGACAGUUAUUUUUGUCAUCUUUUUAUUUUUUUAAAGGGAAAACAAAUCCUGGGGGGGUUGAUAUAAACAUCAAAGUUGAUGUUUUCUGUGAAGAACAUUUGAAUUCAGAAAUUUGCCUGAAGGUAUAAGUAGAUUUUUUUUUUUUAAGUAGAAAACCUGAUGUCAAGAGGUGGGCAACCAGAAGUAUAAGAAAAUUAUUUUCCUCAGUAAUUAAGCUAUUUUUUCCUCUCUUUUUCUUUUCUUGAUUGAACCUACUGGGUUGGUUGGUUUUUUUAUAUAUUUUAUGUUUUCUUAGAAAUAUUUAGGUAAGGUUUAUCUUGAAUCUUAAUUGCCUUAAUUUUAAGGACACCAGAGGCUCGAGAGGCAGGCUGUCAACGUCUUCUUUCAGAAAAUAUAUCAAGAAAGAAUUGAAGCAUUGUGCCAGCUUUCACUGGCAUAGAGGAUGGAGACUGAGAUUUUAGGGUGGAAAAAAAACUGUACAAUUUAAAAGAAAAUGUUUUUUUCUUCAUUUGAAGAAAAUCUGUUGUUUAAAGAAACCAUGGCAACUGCAAGAAUUGGGAAAUGCUGGGACUUCUCAUGAACUUUGACACAAUCAUUUUAAAAGGCUAAAAGACAUUCUGAGGUAAAGAUAUUCACAUUGGUUUAAAAACACCUGCAUUAGAAAUAAUGCGUGUUUGGGGGGCAGAAUGCAAUUUUUUUUUAAUUUACCGAGCGUGGUUGCUAGCGAAAGCAUUAGUGCUUUUUAUCUGCAGUUUUUCUAUGAGCUUUGUCAGGUUUUAGUCAGCUUUGCUUGUCACAUUGCAAAACCUAGCGUACGAGCACUAAAAACAAAACUUAAGUAGAUAGAUGCUUAUGGUCAAAAAGUGCAAAAAAUUAAAAUAAAAAUAAAAACAAACACACACACAAAAAAACAAAAACAAAAAAAGCAAUAGAUAGAGAAAUUGUUGACAAUUUCUGUAGUCUUUCUUAGUUGCGGUCAAUUGCAGCCUACGGAUGGCCUAUUUUAUACCAAAGAUGAAGUGAGACCCUGUUACAGUCGUGAUGGUAGACAUUGCUUUUCUUUCCUUAAAGUUUUGUUUGACCUACAUGGCCGGACCAGUUCUAACUUCAUUUCAACUACCUUUCACUAGUGUUUUACAUACUGCAAAAAGAAUUGUUUUCUUUCUAGAAAUGUAUAUUUGUUGAUAGUUGAAGUUUGUACCUACUGUGCUCAGCUGUUCAAGCAUGAAGAAUCUGAGAAGGAUGGAUUGAUGGAAGCGGGUGGCUUUCACUCCCCUGAGCUUUUCCAGCUCCCGACUGGCUCUUCUCAGCAAUGGAUGGAUGGCCUCUGGUACACCGGAGGUUGCAGUGUCUUCAUAUGAACUGCAGACUAAGGAAGAUUCCUGAACAAGCUCUGAGAGAUGUCUGAAGGGUCGCUUGUCAGAAAGGCUCAGUGAUGCUCUCUGCAGUGGGGCUCAAUCCCCUGAGUAGUCCUUGUGCUGUGGUAACCAUCAUCUUCCUUCCAAAUGCCAACAUAAACAGAUCUUGUCUUCUCACCUUCAUUUUGUCACUGGCUCGUUUUGAAAAGACACCUUGAUUCUGUACUUGGGAAGGGGGUGUUUUCAUUUAAGUCUCCCCAUUGUGUUCUUGUAUCUUGACAUUGACAGGAGAGCCAACACAGACCUUUUUAAAUUUCAGUUUAAUUCUCCAAGAUAAGUGGGGCCAAGAUAAGUUUCCCUUUAGUGCAGUAGAGGCAAGCUCUUAACAUGCUAGUUGACAAUCAAAAAAUUGUAUGAUUUUUAUCAAUAAGAACUGAAAGAAUUAGGGUUGAUCCAGCACUAAAACCAAAGGAGACAUUUGCACUGAGAAUAAUACAAAACUUGGCUUAAAAUGAUCUAAAUUGGCUUAUUGAGAAAUCCUAAUGGUUCUGACUCAUUGUACCUGGGAUCCACUUAUAUAGUUUUGCUUGAAGCUAGAGACAGUGGCGUGGAACUCUGUUUAUGGAGCUCUUCUGAAGACUUGCUUUUGAAUGAAUCAUUUGAAUCAAGUAGGAGGAGCUGCUUCUUCAGGGUUCAUCUCUCUGAGUGCAUAGGAAAGACACAGACACAAACAGCAGAGAGGAAAAAACAGUAGGCUCUCAAAAACAAAACAAAUUAGAAGGCAAAUCACAGCCCCACAACUGAGGAGUCUGACCCAACCCAAAGGGUCACUGUCUCACUAGACCCCGACUCUCUUCUUUGUAACCCUGUGACUUGAGUGUUCAGGUCUGGAGAGUGACUUUGUAUGCUGGCCACCAAACUAAUUACAGAACAGUGUCCCAGGAGAUGGCUACACAACUGCAGAGAAGUUCUGGGCUUCGCCCUCACCCUAUUAGUUUCCUGGGCUUCGGAGGGGACUUGAGAUGUCUACACCCUUCAGGGGCACCUGCUGGAAGGACGGACUUGAAUGUUGUCUUUUGGGAAACAAACCCUCAAGUUCCAGGGUCUUUCAGAAAACUCACAGUUUCUCUUUCUCAGAUCACCUUCUCUUGAGUCUUUGUUUAGGUAAGGAUUAUCCUGGGCAUCGUUCAUUUGCAUACGGAACCAACAGACUUUCUUGUCCUUUCUGUAAAAGUACCAAAUACAUGUCUUCAUGUGAUACAAAGAGUCUCAUUUGCCUAACUAACAAUGAGGCUGCGAGGUAGCUACCAUGUGGCUGUUGGAGGUGCCUAGGUUAACUUCACGGUCUUAAAUAUACAUUCUGAAAUGUUUCUUUCAACUCUGAAAUUUUCAUAAUCUCUUUUCUUUUAAGCCACCUCAGGCCAAAGGAAACCAUGAUGUCAUUUAAUGUGUUUGUGUGUGUUUUAUGUUUGGGCUGUUUCUAUAGUGCCAUUCCAUAAAAUCUUUUAGGAAGAAAAAUACGUGUGAUUUCAAAUUGGCUCCCUCUUUUUCUGCCAUUUUUAUCUAAAAUUGUUUUCGAUAGUCUAAUGUAGAAGGAAAAGAAAAGGCUUCAGCACAUUACAGUACAACAUUUUAAUAAACACAAGACCCCACAAUACACAUGUGCAGUAUGUGUAGCUCAGAUGCCACAAUCUCAGCCUAGUCAUCAGUGCACAUGGUAGUCUGCAUAGGAUUUAUGACUACGGUCAUUUUUUUAAAGAUUGGAGUAAAAUUCAAAUUCUUCAGACUGUCAAGAUGUUUUGAUUUUUUUUCCCUUUCAUUACCACAUCUUGGAUGACAAAUUAAGAAAGCAACUAAAGCCACGAUCCAAACAAGAUAAACAUCAUUCAUCUAGAUGCUACUUAGGUGUCAGGAAAGUGGGUUUCUUUGAAUAAUGACAAGUUAUUGGGAGAAGCAGAGUAUGUGGGAUUGGUAGCUGUGUCUCCUAAGGAAGGACCCCAGGAUAGAACCUGUAUGAGCUAAUGGUAAUACCAGCAGAUGCUUAGUUUUUUUUCUUGCAAAAAAUUGUUUAAUGAUUAGAAUAUCUAUGAAAGACUGACAUAUUUUAUAUUGACUUUAAAAAUCCCCUUUAUUGAAGAGUGGAGUUUAACUUCGAUAGGAUCCUUGCACCUUCUUCAUGACUAAGAUAUUUCAAUGGGUUAUCUACAUAGACUGUGAUGUUAACAGGCUAAAAAUACUUUUACACUCCAGUCUCAUUCCCAUGAGUGUACAAACAACUACAGUCAAGUUGAAAAUGGAGUGUCAGUCUUAGGUGGGUUUUAAUGGAAACUACAUGACUUCAGACUAGUGAGAUACCAGAACUUCGAGUCAUUUUUAAUGACAUCUGGCAUGGGAAGAAAUCACAUACUAGAAUAUUGUAUAAUCUUGUCACAGAACUGUGAUCUAUUAAUGGAAAAAAAGGAUAAGGUCUCUUUUUUCUUGCCAUUGAACCUGGUAUGCUAAACAUUUUUUUUAGCCUGCUGGCCUUGACAGUUUCACUUGAACCCCAAAGAUGGCAGGAUUGGCAGGCCCCAGGUGCCAUUUCCUCCUGCAAAGGAAUCGUGGGGUUUCUUUGAUGAAUCAACUCAUUCUACAGUUUUGGUAUUGCAGUGUGGGUUGAGAAUAGUAUUUCUUACCCAUUCAAAAUUGGACCCUUCAACCAAAUGCUGUCUGCCCUUUCUGUCCUUUGUGAUUACCUAGAGUUCAGGAAAGUGAAAAGCUAAAUGAUAAGCCACAAGUGGCCCCAUGAUUUGAGAAGGCUGGGUUCAGCUCUGGUUCCUAAUUUCUGUUAUCUUUGGGCUGAUAUCCCAACUUGUACCAUGCAGACAUAGUUGCUGUCACAGAAAGGGUAGGAUGUCUUCUAGACAGUAACAGCCAAGCUGUUCUGGAUGGGAGAAUAGUGUGCAGAGGAAUUCCUUUCACUGGUGAAGACUCUGAGCUGAGCAGAGGCAAGAUGGAGCUUGGGAAUUUGGGGGAGGAUUGAGAGGCCCCCUGAGUCACCCGGGAGAUUUUCUUAACACAGCUCCAUUUUCUGAGUUUCAAAAAAAAAAAAAAAUCACUGUCAAUAUUCGAAGGGCUAACUGACUAAUCUGGGAGUGUUUUGUCUUUUCUUCUUAAUGACUGACCCUGUUAACCUGAGCAUUUCACCACAAGGGUGGACAGAAGAAACCACUGAAAAUAACAACUCACUCCAGUCUAUGUUGCUUCCCAAGUAUUGAUUUAUCAAGGGAGUUUUAAUCAUUAGUGAAAUCAAUGUCCACACAUUACACACUAUGAAUUUCAACAGUCCAUAAUGUUCUUUUUUUGUCCACCACACAUAAUCAAGAGUUGGCUGCAUUCUUGCAAAACACAAAUGGAAGAAUUACAACAGCAAACUUAGCUCCCCUAAAAGACAGCUACUUUGGCUUCAUUCUCUUCAUUGAGAGUCAACACGAGGAAAGGAGGUCAACACAAUUUCUAUCAGGAGAAAAUAACAAUUGUUUUUGGCUAAAUGUACAUUUUUAUCACCUUUCAAAAUCUUCUGACCACAAGAUCAUUUUUUUAUUUUAUUUUGUUGUUGUCCCUGUUCGAAUCAGCAUCACUGUAUUAAGACUGCAAGUCGCUCAUAUUCCAAGACAUAAUUUUAAGGCCACUGUGUAUGUAAGCACAAAGUGUAGCAUUGUUGUUACACUUUGGACUUUAAAACCCCUGGUCCAACAUUAUUAAUAAAGUUGCUCUCUCUUCCUCCCUAAACGUGUUACAUCCUCACAUGUAAAAAGGAGUAAGUGAUUCCAUCCCUGUUAGGAAUAGUAAAAUUAUUUCAAAGCGACAUUGAGCAUCAGAAAUUAUUCUGGUCUCCAUUCUGGAAGCAAAUGUCCCCAUUUCCUUGAGGAGAUCAUUGGAAUCUUCAUUUUUAAGCUCUGGGUGAAAGCACUUCAGUUUCAAAGGAAACUGUGACAUGGCUUCUUCUUUAAAAGCUUUGUUUUAAGUUGUCUUCAACUCCAUGGACCUUUCGAAAUACCAUUUUGAGAUUUUAUUCAAGGGCAUCUUUGUAUGGCUGUCUCUGACUGUCAUGUUUGUAACCCUAUGGCGUUUCUGGUUUUAUCUUUAAGUUCUUUCAUGUGUAUCAUGGUCAAGUUAGACACCAUUUCCCCUGUUCCCUGGGCUCUCUGUAGAUCAGUGGAUAUUAGGUUUCAAUUUCUGUUUUCUUUGAUGAAGCUUUCAAUAAAAAAUGAAAAUAAAAUCAA